AUGGCUGUCGGCGUUAUCAAUAGCCGGCAUACCGCCGACGAAGAGGCCCGGGCCGAGGUCGACGUGCUCAAUUCACGGCUUGAGAAGACGGCGCAAUUGACAAAGAAGAUCCAGGCUUGCCUAGGGAGACUCGACGCUACGGGCAAGAGUGUUCGCGAUGUGGCAGGCCCGCUCAACGGAGAGACGAAGAAGCUCCAAAUUCUCAAUAACAACAUCGAUGCAGUCCUCGCCGCCAUCGAGCGCCUGCGCCAACCAGCAGACAGCAAGAAUGAUGAAGAACAGAUCAUCCGUAUGGGCCCGGACAAGGCCGGCCUCCCCAACUACCUGGCGUCCAUCAAGCGCCUGAACAAGGCGCUCAAUGACAUGAAGGCGUCGAACCUCCGGUCCACGCAGCAGACUGUAUCGGAGCUUCAGAAACUUGUAAAACUCGGCCACACACAGCUGGAGAACUCGUUCGACAGACUCCUACGCGCCGAGACCCCUCGCGCGCUUGAGCCUUUGCACUUCAUCACAAAGAACAAGCCGUUCCCGGUGCUGUCGCAAGACAAGUUUGCCAGACUGGGCCUGAUGAACUCGUACGUUGCCGCGCUGCAUCGCCAGAGCGGCGGCGCCGCACCCCAGGAGUCGCCAAUCGCAAAGAUAUACAUUGAAAUCCGAUCACAGUAUCUCUCGUCGGCGCUGGUCAACCUGGCCACGGCGAGCACCAGCACCGCCAAGAAGAAGAACCCAGAUGCCAUCUACCGACCAGGGACGAGCGGGAUAGGGACGUAUGCGCAGGCCAUGGAGGGUCUGUUUGUCGCCGAGUACGAGAACAUCUGCAACAUAUUUACGAGGGAAGACUGGGGCCCCGUCUUCGAGGCAACGUGUCAGCCCUCGCUGGUUGAGCUCGGGAGAACGCUGCGGGAACUGAACGGGCACAUCAAGGCGCAUCUGAACACCGACUGCUACUUGGCCUAUGAGAUUGUCGAGAUCAUUUCCGAGCUGUCGAGCAACCUGGAACGGCGGACAGGGGAGCUCAAGAGUUCCCUCGCAGCAUCCCUAAAACCGGUCCGCGAGACUGCCAAAUUCUCGCUGCCGGAGCUGCUCGAAGACACCAGGAAGCGGGCCAACGGACUGCAAUCACUCCCGCUGGACGGUGCGCCGGUGCCUCUGGUUUCCGAGACGAUGCAGCGGCUCCGAACCAUGGUGGAUUUCCUCCGGCCCAUCUCAAGCAUCAUGAUAUCCCUCGGCGACGGCGGCUGGAAGUCGGGUGCAUCGAGGGGAGGCGGAAGCGACGCCGUCCCGAGCCUCGCGUCGUUUGACGUGGGCGCCGACGGCAAGGAAAUAUUUGCGCACUACUGCACCGACACGAUCGAGGCGCUCAUGAUGGCUCUGGACGGGCGCGCAAGGCUCCUGCUGCAAAAGAAGCCCGUCAUGGGCGUGUUCCUGGCCAACAGCAUCACCAUCAUCGAGCGCAUGAUCCAAACCUCCGAACUCGCUCCCCUCCUCGAAUCACGGCUGGGGGUCAUCGACGCGUGGCGCAAAAAGGCGACGAGCCUGUACACGGAAACCUGCAAGGACGUCAGCGUGCACCUGUUUGACGUGAUCCACACGAGCCGGGGACCCGGCGGCGGCGGCGGGCGGCCGACGUCCGGGCAGGGGCUGGUAGACUCGGCGUCGAUCCUGCGCGGGCUCAGCUCCAAGGACAAGGAGAACAUCAAGAACAAGUUCCAGGCCUUCAACGCCAGCUUCGACGACAUGGUCGCGCGGCAUAAGGCGUACAGCAUGGAGCGCGAGGUCCGCCAGCUGUUUGCCAAGGACAUGCAGAACAUGAUUGAGCCGCUCUAUAACCGCUUCUGGGACCGCUACCACGAGGUCGACAAGGGCAAGGGCAAGUACGUCAAGUACGACAAGUCGUCCAUUGCUGCUGUCUUCUUGACCUUGUACUAG